AUGUCAGAUCCGAAAUUGGUUAGCGUGUGCGAGAAUAUCGGAGAUGCGGCGAAUCGCCCUUGUUGGUCAACUCAACCAGCUAAUAUUCCUAAAGUAGGUGAAGAUAAAUUUGUUCUGGAAGAAUCUAGAAGCUCUUUGUUGGGAUUUGCCUCUUUGGGAUCGGCCUUUUUGGGCUCAAGCUCAAGUGGGCCUAUAGAUGGUGACGUAUCGCCUGGGCCGGGAUCCAGUAAUGAUGAUAGGGCCCAUACUAUCCUCUCAAAUGCUAGGUCCAAUAUGGCGUUAAUAGAAUACCCAAAUGAACCAGGAGCACCAGAAUCAAGUUCAGAUGAGUAUGCAAAUGAGCCGGGAGUUCCAGAAUUGGACGAUGUUGAAUACGCAACUGAAUUUGAGCCAAGAGUCCCAGAGAUCGCUGAACAAGAUCAAAGAUCUUCUUCACUUGGAAUUAUAGAAGGAUCUAGCCCAAAAAAGGUGAUCAAUCUCUCUCCUGUCAAAAUGAUCAAGACUGUUAUGAGUCUCUCUAAUGUGUUUAGAAAUCUGAACUUAAAAAGAAGUGUUGAACUGGAGGGUGAUUGGGCCGUUAGUAAAAAGAAGCAAAAAGUGGUUGAUGUUGAUCAAUUAAAACAACAGGAGAAUGAAGUUAUGUGUCUUGAUUUUAACAGUUGUAUGCCACAUGGUAGAAGGAAGUAUAAGAAGCGAGUUAGAACAAGAAGUAGGAAGAGAACUACGCAAACCUCUGUUGUGAUCAGAGAAGUUGAAGUUCUGCAUGAUGUUCCUAUCGAAUUUGAAGCUGGGGGUUCUGAUGACUGUCCUGCAACAAACAAGGUUAGAAAGUUGGAGUAUCGCAGAAAAAAGAUGGGUUUUGAAUAUGGUGAUUAUGUUGAACCUGAUGGGCUUACUGGUGGUCUUGCUUUGUGGGCCAAGAGGAAGAAUAGUGUGGUAAUUAGAGCUAAGGGGAAGAAUUUUAUUGAUUCCUGGUUCUGUGAUGAUAAGGGUGUGUCUCUGUUUCGUGUUAUAUGGGUCUAUGCACCAGUUGAUUACUAUGAUAGACAGAUGUUGUGGAGGCGUAUUGAGGAUAUGGUUAAUGAGUUGGAAGUUCCUUGUAUUUGCUUAGGAGACUUCAAUGAUAUUCUUGAUCAAGCUGAGAUACUGGGGGGUAAAAGAAAGGCUCACAGGAACAUUGCAAGUUUCAGAGAUUUCAUCUCCUGCUGCAAUUUUAUUGACAUGCCUAGCCAGGGGCAACAGUUCACAUGGAGUUGUAUAAGAGGGGGAGAGGUUAUUCAGGAAAAGUUGGACUGUGUUCUGGGAAAUUCUGAUUGGAUAGCUCAAAAUCCAAGAUGCAAGGUCAUAAAUCUCCCGGCUAUAGGUUCAGAUCAUUCGCCUAUUGUUUGUUUCUCGGAUUUCAAAAGCAUCCAUUCAAAAAGAAUUUUUAAAUUCGAAGCUAUGUGGGUUGAGCAUCAAGACUAUGGCAAUGUAGUGAAGGAAGGCUGGAAAAAGGAGAUUGAAGGAUCUAAAACUUUUCAGGGGGAAUGGGUGGAUGAAGAAAAGGAUAUCAGGAGGUGUUUUACAGGUUUCUUUGAAAAUCUUUAUACUAGCUGUGGCCCAAGGGAUUGGAAAGAAGUCCUCAGCUACGUCCCAAAGAUGAUCACAGAUGAGAUGAACAUGGAACUUACGAGGGAUUUCUCAAUAGAAGAGAUCAAAGAAGCUACUUUUCAGUUGGGGAAACACAAAUCCCCAGGGCCGGAUGGCUUUAAUGGCCUGUUCUUUCAAGAAUAUUGGAGUGAUGUUGGGCCAAGCAUUGUUGAUGCAGUAAAAAGCUUUUUCCACAGUGGCAGGAUAUUGAAGGAGUUAAACAAAACCUUUAUUGUGCUUAUCCCCAAAAUAAAGGCCCCUGAGGAGGUUAGCCAAUUCCGUCCAAUUAGUCUCUGCAAUUUUGUGUACAAAAUUAUCUCUAAGCUUAUGGUUAAUAGGCUGAAGAAGUGGCUGGAGGUUUUAAUCACUCAAAAUCAGAAUGCUUUUCUGGAGAAAAGGCAAAUUCAAGACAACAUAAUAGUGGCUCAUGAGGCUUUUCAUUAUCUAAAGCUUAGAAAAAACAGAAAAAGAUGGGAUGUAGCCAUUAAACUGGACAUGCAGAAAGCUUAUGAUCGUAUAGAAUGGGAUUUUCUCGAAGCAGUGUUGCAGAAAAUGGGAUUUGAUGAGAAAUGGAUUAAUUGGACAAUGGAGUGUGUUUCUACUGUCAGAUACUCAGUGGUUAUCAAUGGGGAGCCAGAAGGGAAUAUCAAUCCAACGAGGGGGUUAAGACAAGGGGACCCUUUGUCCCCUUAUCUGUUUCUAUUUAUUGUUGAUGUCCUUUCUAGAAUGAUCAUUCAGGAAACUGAAGGAAAGCAGCUGUCUGGUAUGAAGCUUUGCAGGGCAGGCCCGGAGAUUACACAUCUGAUUUUCGUUGAUGAUUCCUUAUUCUUUCUUAAAGGGAGCGAGAAGAAUUGUGAUAAGUUGAAGGAGUUAAUUAUGAAGUAUUGUGCUGCAUCUGGACAACAAGUAAACUUAUCCAAAUCAAGUUUGAUCUUCAGCUCCAACACUCCGGAAGAUGUCAAAACAACAAUUUCUAAUCGUGUUGGCAUACCUAUUGCUGCUAACCCAGGUACCUAUUUAGGGAAUCCUGCUGCUACUUGGGGCAAAACUAGAAAAGAAGCUCUCCAUUUUGUGAAAGAAAGAGUUUUAUCUAGAAUACAGGGAUGGAAACAAAAGAUGCUGUCUCAGGGAGGUAGGGAAAUUCUUCUGAAGGCAGUGGCCAGUGCUAUUCCUACUUAUUUCAUGUCAUGUUUAAAAUUUCCCAUUAGUCUUUGUAAAGAGAUGAGUGCUGGGAUGGCCCGAUUCUGGUGGGGGCAACAGAAUGAUGAAGGAAGGAUUCAUUGGUACUGGAGAAUAACUCAGAAUCCGGAUGCUCUUUGGGUUAAGGUCCUUAAGGGCAUUUACUUUCCUAACUGUGAUGUGACUAAUGCUCGUAGGGGAGGCAGAGCUUCAUGGAUGUGGAGUAGCAUUCUUAAUGGUAGGGAUUUUAUGGAAAAAGAGCUUCGGUGGAGAGUUGCUAAUGGGGAAAAUAUAUCUGUUACUGAUGACAGAUGGAUUCCUAAGCUUGAAUCCGGUAAAAUUGAUCUCCAAGGAGGUGAGGAACACUGCAGAGCACUAAAGUCAAAGAUCUUAUUGAUGCAGAUGCUGGAUGUUGGGACCUCAGUCCAGUUGAACAAUGGCUCACUCCGGAAUAAUGAAGUAGAAACAAUUGAACACCUGCUGUUGAAGUGUGAUUGGACCCAAGUAGUGUGGUUUGGUACUAUGGGCUACAGGUGUGACAAUGCUGAUCUACAGUCGGCGAGAUGUGAUCUUAUUUUUAAUGGCAAGAAACUUGACCCUUUGGGCACUACCAUUGCUGUUCAGAAAAAUGGUGAACUAAAAAUCAACAUGGAUGGUGCCUGGGACAAAGAGACAGGUAAGGGUGGCUAUGGAGUUAUUGCUCGAAUGCAGGAUGGCAGUGUCAUUGAUGGUAUUACAAGGGAUGGGCAGUUUUCUUCAGCCUUGCAUACUGAAGCUGUAGCAAUCCGGGAAGCAGCUACUAUUGCUAACAAGCAUGGUAAUUUGAAGGUUGUUUUUGAAAGUGAUUCACAGGAACUUGUGAAAGCUAUACUGUCUGACAAAAAUGGUAGAUGGGAGAUAGAUUCUAUCUUGGAGGAUUUUCGACAGAUUACUGCCCAGUUGAAGAGUUUCUCUAUCAGGUGGAUCAGUAGAAAGGCGAAUGCAGCAACAGAUUGGUUGGCUUCUUAUGCCAGGCAGGGAAUGUGCACAGGACAGAGAGGAGCAGUUGCAGAGGGAGAGAGAGGAGCAGUUGUCGAGGAGGCCGCUUUACUAGUACUGGAUCAACAUCAGGGAGUAGCAAAUGAUUCAGAUGAUCCCGCACCACUAAUGCGGACUGGGUGGUUAGGGAGCCAGUGCCUGGUGGCCCUACAGUCGGUGACGUGA